GCCGCCCCCGCCGCCCCCGGGCCCCGAUGGACUGAAUGAAGGCUGCCUACACCGCCUAUCGAUGCCUCACCAAAGACCUAGAAGGCUGCGCCAUGAACCCGGAGCUGACAAUGGAAAGUCUGGGCACUUUGCACGGGCCGGCCGGCGGCGGCAGCGGUGGGGGCGGCGGCGGGGGCGGCGGGGGCGGCGGCGGGGGCCCGGGCCAUGAGCAGGAGCUGCUGGCCAGCACCAGCCCUCACCACGCGGGCCGCGGCGCCGCUGGCUCGCUGCGGGGCCCGCCGCCUCCGCCGCCGCCGCCGCCAACGGCGCACCAGGAGCUGGGCACGGCGGCAGCGGCGGCAGCAGCGGCGUCGCGCUCGGCCAUGGUCACUAGCAUGGCCUCGAUCCUGGACGGCGGCGACUACCGGCCUGAGCUCUCCAUCCCGCUCCAUCAUGCCAUGAGCAUGUCCUGCGACUCGUCCCCGCCCGGCAUGGGCAUGAGCAACACCUACACCACGCUGACGCCUCUCCAGCCGCUGCCGCCCAUCUCCACCGUGUCGGACAAGUUCCACCACCCGCACCCGCACCCCCACCACCACCACCACCACCACCACCACCACCACCAGCGCCUGUCGGGCAACGUCAGCGGCAGCUUCACCCUCAUGCGCGACGAGCGAGGGCUCCCGACCAUGAACAACCUCUACAGCCCCUACAAGGAGAUGCCCGGCAUGAGCCAGAGCCUGUCCCCGCUGGCCGCCACACCGCUGGGCAACGGGCUGGGCGGCCUCCACAACGCGCAGCAGAGCCUGCCCAGCUACGGGCCCCCGGGCCACGACAAAAUGCUCAGCCCCAACUUCGACGCGCACCACACUGCCAUGCUGACCCGCGGUGAGCAACACCUGUCCCGCGGUCUGGGCACCCCGCCCGCGGCCAUGAUGUCUCACCUCAACGGCCUACACCACCCGGGCCACGCUCAGUCCCAUGGGCCGGUGCUGGCGCCUAGCCGUGAGAGGCCACCCUCGUCCUCUUCGGGAUCGCAGGUGGCCACAUCAGGCCAGCUGGAGGAGAUCAACACCAAAGAGGUGGCCCAGCGUAUCACCGCCGAGCUGAAGCGCUACAGCAUCCCACAAGCGAUCUUCGCGCAGAGGGUGCUGUGCCGGUCUCAGGGGACUCUCUCCGACCUGCUCCGGAACCCCAAACCGUGGAGUAAACUCAAAUCUGGCAGGGAGACCUUCCGCAGGAUGUGGAAGUGGCUGCAGGAGCCCGAGUUCCAGCGCAUGUCUGCCUUACGCCUGGCAGCGUGCAAACGCAAAGAGCAAGAACCAAACAAAGACAGGAACAAUUCCCAGAAGAAAUCCCGCCUGGUGUUCACCGACCUCCAACGCCGAACGCUCUUCGCCAUCUUCAAGGAGAACAAACGCCCAUCCAAGGAGAUGCAGAUCACCAUUUCCCAGCAGCUGGGCCUGGAGCUUACGACCGUCAGCAACUUCUUCAUGAAUGCCCGGCGCCGCAGCCUGGAGAAGUGGCAGGACGAUCUGAGCACAGGGGGCCCCUCGUCCGCCUCCGGCACCUGUACCAAAGCGUGAUGGAAGGACUCUCAGUUGGGCACAAGUCACCUCCAAAUGAGGACAAAAGAUACCAAAAGAAAAUGCAAAGGAAAAAGACGCUGGAUUCUUAGCUGGGGCCCUUCACUGGUGAUUUGAAAGCACAAUUCUCUUGAAAAGAAAAUUCUAUUCUAGCUGUAAUCAUAGGCCAGGUGUUCUUUUUGUUCGUUGGUUUUUAGUGGCUAUGGAGUCCAAGUGCAAGCUGAAAACUAAUCUCUUUGAACCGGACAUUGUCCUCUGAGCGAGUAUGCUAAGCACCUCAGAAACCCAAAUGGGGCCUUUCUGCAGCAAGUCAGUUUCAGUGUGGCGUCAGUCAAGCUCAGCAUUGCCUAGAAUGUCAGCGGUCCUACUCUGAGUCCUGUCAACCUCUUGCAGUCGAAGUUCCCAUGAGUAAUAGUGGGACUUUGGCCUGUGUAAGGACUCUGAGUUUGGGUUCCCAAGAUGCUACAAUAAGAGAAGAAUCUAGCAACAAGAAUGACCUCAUUUGCUUUCCAAGUGCUUAGCCUCAUUAUACCAUAGUUCAUCAACGUUCACAGCCAUAACAUAAAAAAACAUCAGAAUGACAAUUACUGAGCACAAGUUUUAAAUAUGGAAGUUAAAAAAAAGAAUACGAGGACCUGUUUUUCCAACUCAGGCAUCUUUUUCAUUGAAUGGUUUAGAAAGCUUUAAGUUGAUCCAGUUUACAAUUUUCUUUUCCUUACCUCCUGGAAAUCUCACGUGGUCUUGGAUCCAUCAAAAAAAAAAAAAACCAGAUCAGUUCACUUGAGCUCAAAGUAUCAAGCACAACGAAGAUAGAGAAGUCAGGAAGGUUCUGGAUUCACCGCAUCUCGAUCUUCAAGACACCAGUUAGGAAGUCAUGAGGGAAUCAUUGGGAAUAUGGCUUCAAGCACAUUUUGCAGUUUGCUACAAAUUCUGUUUGUACAUAAUGCAUACGCACACUCAGGAGGCCAAUUUAACUGUUACAGUACACGGAGCAAAUGCAGCAUUUUAAAAGAUCUAGAUUUUUUUAGAUCAUAAAUGUAUCCUUCUUGGUUAUCUGUCACCUGGUUCCUCCUAUUGUGCAUUAUGACCACAUGAUACAUUCUCGCUCCUUCAGAUUUGGGUUGUUCCCUUGUCCAUCCCAUCGGUAGGGACGUUUUCAGUGUUUCAUAGCAAGGAAAAAAUAAAUAAUUCAAACCACCAUACGUGUUACUCAUAACCGUCAUCUAGUCCUGAAUCUCUUCCAUUGUUGAAUCAUCUAGCAAAACAGCUGAAUAAAUCUGGAGAAAACACAGCACACCAAA